GGGUCGGGCCCCUCCUCUUAGGUCUUUCUCCACAUGUUCUUGAACUUCCUGUUGUUUAAACGACCAGCCCAAACCAGGAGGAGAAGCCUUUUAAAUGGGCCCUUGAAUUUUUGCCCACUUCUGGAUGUCCCUUUUUGAAAAUUGUCUUCUUUCUGAGAAGCAGUUUUAUUCGGUUUGAACCAUUUGGUCUUCCAUAAACCCAACUGUGCACGUAUGACAGCUGAAAGGAACUCAUGUAGAAGCCUUUGCCGUCUCGAGUCUCUAAAAGACGUUUGGCAGUAUGAUUUGGGAAGGAAGAUAGAUGGCUCUGAACCAGCCGUGCAGAGGCCACGCUGCCCGAGGGGGAUGAAGAUGCAGACAAGAGAACAGCAGUUUCGGUAGUCUCGAAAUGCCAGGGUGCUCGGCGGAGGCCUUAAAACAGCAGGGUGGCUUGACUCCACUUUUUGCAAAGAUUGACUUUGCCUCGGCAUGAACAAACUCUUCAUGUAAGAUUGGUUCCUGUGUGUCACAUGUUUACAAGGCCGUGGGAGCAAAGCACAGUGCAUACAAGGUGAAAAGCCAAAUAAGGAAAUGUGUUCCUUCUCUUGACCAUUCCAAUUUAACUAGGCUAAAGCCAGCUUUUAGAUUGGCUUGGGCAGAAAAGUGAAGAGAAUGCUCCACUUUAAACGAUGUCAGCAUCUGAAACAAAUAACCCAGAAAUGUUUUUCUAGUAUACAUGUUAAAACGGAUAAACACGCACAGCUAUUUCUUUCAAGGACCUUUGCACUUGCAGAAUUAAGGAAGUCAUGGCACUCAACCCACUCUCUUGUUGGAGACAAAAAUAUUAUCCUGAUGGGACCGCCUGGUGCUGGGAAAACAACAGUGGGCCGGAUAAUAGGUCAGAAACUAGGUUGUUGUGUCAUAGAUGUGGAUGAUGAUAUCCUUGAAAAAACCUGGAAUAUGAGUGUGUCUGAAAAAUUACAGGAUGUUGGUAAUGAGCAGUUUUUAGAAGAGGAAGGAAAAGCUGUGUUAAACUUCUCUGCAUCUGGAAGUGUGAUUUCCCUUACUGGGUCCAAUCCAAUGCAUGAUGCUAGCAUGUGGCAUCUGAAGAAAAAUGGGAUAAUUGUAUACUUGGAUGUACCUCUAAUAGAUAUAGUUAGUCGUCUAAAAUUAAUGAAAAUAGAUAGGGUUGUAGGACAGAAUUCUGGAACAUCUAUGAAAGAUUUACUUAAAUUUAGAAAACAGUAUUAUAAGAAGUGGUAUGAUACUCGUGUUUUUUGUGAAAGUGGGGCUUCCCCAGAGGAGAUAGCUGACAAAGUGCUUAAUGCAGUUAAAAGAUACCAAGAUGUGGACUCAGAAACAUUCAUUUCAACAAGACAUAUUUGGCCUAAAGACUGUGAACAGAAGGUUUCAACAAAAUUCUUUAGCGAAGCUGUGAUUGAGGGGUUAGCUUCUGAUGGUGGCCUCUUUGUUCCCGAGAAGGAGUUUCCAAAAUUAAACUGUGGGGAGUGGAAAAGCCUAGUAGGAGCAACGUAUGUAGAAAGAGCACAAAUACUGUUGGAGAAGUGUAUACAUCCUGCUGACGUACCUGCUGCCAGAUUGGGAGAAAUGAUUGAAGCCGCUUAUGGGGAAAACUUUGCCUGCUCAAAAAUUGCCCCUGUCAGGCACCUGUCAGGAAACCACUUCAUCCUGGAGUUGUUUCAUGGACCAACAGGAUCGUUUAAAGAUCUGUCUCUCCAGCUUAUGCCUCAUCUUUUCGCACACUGUAUUCCACCGAAUUGCAAUUAUAUGAUACUUGUAGCUACUUCAGGAGACACAGGGAGUGCAGUGUUAAAUGGUUUCAGUCGUCUGAAUAAGAACGACAAGCAAAGAAUAGCUGUGGCCACAUUUUUUCCUGAGAACGGAGUAAGUGAUUUUCAAAAAGCACAAAUAAUUGGCAGUCAGAAAGAAAAUGGAUGGGCAGUGGGUGUCAAAUCAGAUUUUGAUUUUUGCCAGACAGCUAUAAAAAGAAUUUUUAAAGACCCUGAUUUUACUGGCUUUCUUACUGUGGAAUAUGGAACAGUCUUAAGUUCAGCUAAUUCCAUAAACUGGGGCCGACUGCUUCCCCAAGUAGUUUAUCAUGCUUCUGCAUAUCUUGAUCUCGUUAGCCAAGGAUUUAUUUCUUUUGGAAGCCCAGUCGAUGUCUGUAUUCCCACAGGAAACUUUGGUAACAUUUUAGCAGCAGUGUACGCCAAAAUGAUGGGAAUCCCUAUUCGAAAAUUUAUUUGUGCCUCUAAUCAGAAUCAUGUUUUGACUGAUUUUAUAAAAACAGGACAUUAUGAUCUAAGGGAAAGAAAGUUAGCACAAACCUUUUCACCGUCAAUAGAUAUUCUCAAAUCUUCAAACCUGGAACGGCAUUUACACUUGAUGGCUAAUAAAGAUGGACAAUUAAUGACAAAAUUAUUUAAUCAAUUGGAAGAGCAGCAUCACUUCCAGAUAGAAAAGAUUCUAGUGGAGAAACUUCAGCAGGACUUUGUAGCCGACUGGUGCUCUGAGGGAGAGUGCCUCGCAGCUAUUCACUCCACCUACAAUACUUCAGGGUAUAUUUUGGAUCCACACACUGCUGUUGCAAAAGUAGUUGCAGACAGAAUGCAAGACAAAACCUGCCCAGUGAUUAUCUCAUCGACAGCUCAUUACUCAAAGUUUGCACCUGCUAUCUUGCAGGCUUUAAAGAUUAAAGAAAUCAACCAGACUUCAUCAAGUCAGCUUUACUUACUGAGUUCGUACAAUGCGUUACCUCCACCUCAUGAGGCUUUAUUAGAGAGAACAAAACAGCCAGAGAAGGUGGAGUACCAGGUCUGUGCAGCUGAUGUGGAUGUCCUAAAAAGUCAUGUGGAAAAGCUAAUACAAAGUCAAUUCAUGUAAAACCUUUCUGAGUAAAAUAUUUUUUUCUGGUGAUAAGCAUGCAAUAAUAAAUCACAAAAGUUGAUCUGGAGUACACUAGCAUUCUGCUUUUUAUGUAAAUAUGUCUAUAUGUAGACCUAUUAUCUUUUGGAAUUUCAGUGCCUAAUCUCUAGGACUGAAUGUUGUCCCUGCACAUGCUUCCUGGAUCCUUAAUCUAGAAGCGACAAAAAGGAAGCAUAGUGCGUGGACCCUGUGCUGUUGUCUUGUGCUUCGCACGCCUGAGGGAUGUAUCAGUUUCCACUUCCUCGUUCCCACUUUUAAGUGGACCAAAAUGUCUGGUAUUCAAUUUAGCAAUUUAAAUAUUUAAGCACUGUUAAGUACUACAUCUGUAACCAUUACUAAUUCUCUGUUGACUAGAAAGAUAAUUUACCACUCAAAUGACUGACUAGCAUGGAGGAAGUAAACUCAUCCUUUAAGAUAGGGCCAGUGUUUGCAACCCUAUUCAAACUCCAUUUUGGAGUUAUUUUAGAAUUAGAGUAAGUUAUUAUUAGAAUUAAUUAUGUGUAUCCUACAAUGUCCAGAUUAGGUAAGUGUCCUGUCCUUUACUCCCCUUUGAAUGUUGAUGGUUAGAGUGAUGUACUUUGAACAUCAAGACACGUGAUUUAAGUCCAGGAUGUAGUAAUCAACAGAACUACUUUGUAGUAGAUACAGAAAUAAAAUGACUUAACUAUUUUAAAAGUUUUCCAAAAUUCAGAGUGUUUGAAUAGUCUUAAUAGAAGUAUAUUUAUAGUUAGGUGACAGUUUUCCUACAUUGUUUUGAGUCCAUUCGUAUAUAAUUUGCCUGUUGUCUGUUGUUUCAAUGAAUGUUGUCUUUUUGGCAACAGAAACCACACGCAACUGAUACAUGUUUAAUUUUUUAAAAAAUUAUUGAGGUCAUAUUGGCUUAUAAGUUGUGCAGAUUUUAGGUGAGCAUUAUUAUAUUUCAGUUUCUGUAUAGACUGCAUUGUGUUCACCAUCAGUGGUCUAGUUUUUAUCUGUCACCAUACAUGUGUGCACAUUUAAUUUUUAUUUCCUGUAGUAACAAUGAUUUAUGUUUGUGAAUUUACUGGAUGUUUUAUUUCUGAGUUAAAGAUUGUCACCGAAAGGACCUGUUAGUGUAAUGGACUACUCUCAACCACAAGAUGGCAUUCCUAACAUAAUGUGUCUUUUCUGAUAACAUUCUGCUUCAUUUUCUGGGGGAACUACUGCCAUAAAGAAAUAUAUUAAAAAUUGUAAAGAAAAAAAUUUAAUAAUUUAAUGAACAGGAGCAAUUUGUUUAAAAUUUAAAAAAUUAAACCAGUUAUGUGUUAACGUUGAUCUCUGGCUUAACUUCUAAAAAGUAAGUUCUAAAUCUAAAAAUUGAAAACCAAGAGCAGUUAUAAGAAAAUAAUGGAGAAUUCAAAGUUCAGCACUUAUUCAUGUAUGUUUUAGUUAUUUUAUCUCUUUCUUUUAAGUGUAUUUGUUUGGUAGAUGACAUAUUUAGAAAAGACAUCUAAAUGUUCACUGUGUACAUGAGAAUGCUCUAUUUUUCUGAAAGUGGGAGGGACAGCGUUAAAAAGUACAAGACAUGAUUUCUGCCCUCAAGAACUGUAGUUAAGGAGAAAACACAUAAAAAUGAAAUCAUGUUCAAUACAAAAGAGUUAUUACAAGAGUCCAUGAGUAAGUGAAAAAUGAGUGAUAUAGUUAAGUGCUGUAAGAUUUAAAAGAUUACAAUGGAAUAGUCAGAAAAGGUUUCACAGAGGAUGUGGAACUGAGGUGAAUCUUGAAGGAUGGCAAGAUUUUCUAGGUGGAAAAGCAAGGGGAAUACAUUCUAGACAGAGGCAAGGGAAACAGGUAUGGUGAAAUGCACAAGAGAGCACCUGCGUUGAUCUCUGGUCAGUUUGUUCUCUCAUUGUCCAAAACUGUUGUUUCAUGCCUUCCCUUUUUUUCAAAACCAACUCUGGCUCUUCCCUCUCAGCUAAUAACCUGACGUCAUGCAGGAGGAACAAGUUAAUCAGGUGUGACAAAGCUCAGUUUUCCGUCGCCGUAUGUGUAAAUCUGCACCUGUUUCUAUCUGUCCUGCUCCCUUUUGAUUGAAUCAAGCGGUAUUCCUCCUCUUGUCACAGCCCAACCUCUUCAGUGUGCCUUGGAUGCUAGUCCCUUCAGAGUACUCAAAUAACUUGCUUCAUCAGUGUUCUCCUCUGCUGUUUCUUCAACUUCUCCCCUCUGAUGGGUCCUUUCUAUGCCAUUCAGAUGCUCUCUUUUCAUAUCUUAAACAGUGUAAAACAAAAAUCUCUUUGAACAUGCACAUUUUUUCCCAUCUACUCUUUGAUUUCUUUAUGCUCCAAGCAAGAUCAAGCCUCUUCAAAUGGCGUUGUCUACAUGUAUGGCCUCCACUUUCUUGUCUCAUCUUCUCUGUAGUGUGUAAAGUAUGUCUACGGUUUAAGGAUGAGUAAUAAAUACGCACGGACUCACCAUCUUGUUUUAAGAGUAGAACGUUACUCAUACCUUUGAUGCCCACUGUGGCUCCUCUUUGGUGAAGAUCACGUCUCUCCCCUAAAGGUUACCACUCUCCUCAAUUUUCUGUUCAUCAUUCUCAUUUGUAUUUAUAGUUCUGCACUGUUUAGUUUUUCUCCUUUUUGAAUUUUUUGUAAAUGGAAUCAUGGUGAAUGCUUGCUUCCAUGACCUUCUAUUGCUCAAAAACUUUAAAAUUUAUCCUUGCAGAUGAGUAAGCCACAGUUGAUAAAUUUUUAUUUCUGUAUAAUAUUCUGUAUAAAUACCACAGUCUAUCCAUUUAUCAGUUAGUGGACAUUUAAGUUUUUAUUCUUGUAUCCAGUAGGUAUACUGUUUUGUAAAAUUUGUAUUGAAGGCUAGUAAAUAUGGACCUCCAAUCAUUUGUGAUUCUUUCUAAUUAUAUGUAAAAAUAGAUUUCAUAUCUUGGCAUUAUUAAAAUAAUUUAUGGUAUAUGAAAUGAAAAGUUGUUAUCAGUUUUCAGGCUAUGGUUAUAAUUUGUAGCUUUCACUAUUUAAAAUUAUUUUACAAUGUCAUAAACAUUGUGAAUUUGUAAGAUUUUUGAGAAAAAAAGAUUUUUAAAUUACAUAUUAAUAUCAAAAUUUAUUUCCAUCAAAAUUGAAUUUAGAAGGCAAUGAGUUGCUUCAUAUGAGGUUUUUGUUAGAUUUUAAUAGCAGUUCACUUUCAACAACAAUCAUUUAUGGCAAAUACUGUUUCUCUCAAUCCAUUAAAUCAUUUAUAAACAUUUUAUAAUUCAGACUACUCAGUGUUAGUAAAAAAAAAAAAAGGUAGCUGUUUUCAUGUGAACCUCAAAACUGUGGUUACAUAAAUAAUACAGUUUUUGUCCCAUCCAAGAAACAUGAAUAAAAUCUGUGUAUGAAAUA